UGAGCUAGGAAUCAAACGCAGGUGGGAAGCGGGUGUCUGAACCACUAGGCUCAACCCCCAUCCCGUGCCCCCAUGUUCUUGAAGCCCCCCAUCUUGGCUUUCAGAGCCUACUUCCACACUGCUUCUCAGACUUCUGGGCACUCUGCUACCCCAGCUUGAAGCCAGGCCACCCACACCACCCUUGAACGCUGGCAAUCCGUGCUUUCUCCAUGAGGGAUGAAAGAGGCACCUGUUUCCCCCUAAGCAGUCUCCUCCCUGUGGUGGUAAGAGUGUCACGUUUACCUUAGUGCCCCAGCCCAGAUCUCCCCUUGUCCUCCCCACCUGAACUCUAUCUAUGAGGUUUUGCUAAAAACCCUCCUAGGUUUUCCCCAAACCCUACCCAGGACCUCCCUCCCACUGCUUCCAAGCUCCAGGCCACUCAGCCUCCAUCCUAGCAGUCCUCAGCCGCUCCCUACUCUGCACCCAUGGAUGGGGAGAAAAGGGACCCCUGUUUAGGGAGGGAAGGUGCAGCAGUCUAGGGUGUGCUGGGAGAGGAGUAGUGCAGCAACUGUGAGGCAGGAGGCAUAAGGCACAACGUUCAUGCUCAGGGUCACACAGCCUUGUGUGUGGGAAAGGACCACAGCCAAGGGAGAGGGAGGAGAGGGCCACGUGUUGUCCACGCCUGCGGGGCUGGCUUGCUGGUGGACUUCCAACACCCUGGGCCUGCAGUUCCUGGUGUGGUGGCCGGAACAAGCUCCCUAGGUCUGGAGCCUGACGGGGAGGUCCCAGCAUUCGAAAUGGGCUUCUGGGUAGAAGCCGGUCUUCAGAGCACUCAAGGGGCACUCCCUCACCUUGAUGGGGAAGGAGGCUCCCUACCUGGAGUCUGGGGGAGUAGGGAGGGGUGGCCUGCCCGGCUGGAUUAUGCAGAUCUCUGGGGCAGGUGUUCCCAGGUGCAGAAUUGAGACAAAGGAACCAGGAAGCGGGCCUCUCUGCAUGCAGACACUGCAGGCCGGGAUGGCUCAGUCGGCCCCUGCAAAGUCGCGCUGCUGGUUCGGGCCGAGCCCCGACUGCGAGAGGGAGGCAUAUGGCCCCUGCAGACCGAGCCUCCGAGGGGCCCAGGCUUGAGGACUCGUCGGCCCUCUACCCCCCUGGAAAGGCAAGGAGAGACGCCUGCGCUGGUAGUGAGCUUCCAUUUCUGCCCCCUGGACUACAACGCCCUAGCGCACCCCUGGCUUAGCCAUGGCGAAGCUCGAGACACUGCCUGUGCGUGCCGACCCAGGCCGGGAUCCCCUCCUGGCCUUUGCCCCACGGCCCUCUGAGCUUGGGCCCCCAGACCCCCGCCUGGCCAUGAGCAGUGUGGGCAGCGGGGUGGCCCACGCCCAGGAGUUCGCCAUGAAGAGCGUGGGCACCCGCACGGGGGGUGGCAGCAGCCAGGGUGGUUUCCCUGGUCCCCGCGGCAGCGGCAGCGGCAGCGGGGCCGGCAGGGAGAGGCCAGGCCGCUACCCCUCAGAAGACAAGACUCUCGCCAACUCCCUCUACCUCAAUGGCGAGCUGAGGGGCAGUGACCACACUGAUGUCUGCGGCAAUGUGGUGGGCAGCAGCGGUGGCAGCAGCAGCAGCGGUGGGAGCGACAAGGCCCCACCACAGUACCGUGAGCCCAGCCACCCACCCAAGCUCCUGGCCACCUCUGGCAAGCUAGACCAGUGCUCAGAGCCGCUAGUUCGGCCAUCUGCCUUCAAGCCUGUUGUACCCAAGAAUUUCCACUCCAUGCAGAACUUGUGUCCCCCGCAGACCAACGGGACCCCCGAGGGACGACAGGGCCCUGGAGGCCUCAAGGGCGGACUGGACAAGUCUCGGACCAUGACCCCAGCGGGUGGGAGUGGGGGUGGCCUCUCAGACUCAGGCCGGAACUCACUCACAAGCCUGCCCACCUACAGCUCCAGCUAUAGCCAGCACCUGGCACCCCUCAGUGCCUCCACCAGCCACAUCAACCGCAUUGGCACUGCCAGUUAUGGGAGCGGCAGCAGUGGUGGGGGGUCGGGCUACCAGGACCUGGGGACCUCCGACAGCGGGCGGGCCUCCAGCAAGAGUGGGUCGUCAUCAUCCAUGGGGCGGCCAGGCCACCUGGGAUCCGGGGAGGGCGGCGGGGGAGGCCUGCCAUUUGCAGCCUGCUCACCGCCCUCUCCCAGUGCUGUGAUCCAGGAGCUGGAGGAGCGGCUGUGGGAGAAGGAGCAGGAGGUGGCAGCUCUGCGGCGAAGCCUGGAGCAGAGCGAGGCGGCCGUGGCCCAGGUCCUGGAGGAGCGGCAGAAGGCGUGGGAGCGGGAGCUGGCCGAGCUGCGGCAGGGCUGUAGCGGCAAGCUGCAGCAGGUGGCCCGCCGUGCCCAGCGCGCCCAGCAGGGCCUCCAGCUGCAGGUGCUGCGGCUGCAGCAGGACAAGAAGCAGCUGCAGGAAGAGACUGCCCGGCUGAUGCGGCAGCGGGAGGAGCUGGAAGACAAGGUGGCCGCCUGCCAGAAAGAACAGGCCGACUUCCUGCCCCGGAUGGAGGAAACCAAAUGGGAGGUGUGCCAGAAGGCCGGCGAGAUCUCCCUCCUGAAGCAGCAGCUGAAGGAUUCGCAGGCCGACGUGUCCCAGAAGCUGAGUGAGAUUGUGGGGCUGCGGUCGCAGCUGCGGGAGGGCCGGGCCUCGCUGCGGGAGAAGGAGGAGCAGCUGCUCAGCCUGAGGGACUCGUUCGGCAGCAAACAGGCCAGCCUGGAGCUGGGCGACGGCGAGCUGCCUGCGGCCUGCCUCAAGCCGCCGCUCACGCCCGUGGACCCGGCCGAGCCGCCCGAGGCGCUGGCCACUUGCGAGAGCGAUGAAGCCAAGAUGCGCCGUCAGGCCGGAGUGGCCGCCGCCGCCUCCCUGGCCUCCGUGGACGGGGAGGCGGAUGCCGGCGGGGAGAACGGGACACGGGCCCUGCGGCGGGAGGUGGGGCGGCUGCAGGCUGAGCUGGCAGCCGAGCGGCGCGCCCGGGAGCGCCAGGGCGCCAGCUUCGCCGAGGAGCGCCGCGUGUGGCUGGAGGAGAAGGAGAAGGUCAUCGAGUACCAGAAGCAGCUGCAGCUGAGCUACGUGGAGAUGUACCAGCGUAACCAGCAGCUGGAGCGGCGGCUGCGCGAGCGCGGGGCCGCGGGGGGCGCCAGCACGCCCACCCCGCCACACAGCGAGGAGAAGAAAGCCUGGACCCCCUCCCGCCUCGAACGCAUUGAGUCCACGGAGAUCUGAUCCACCGCCUGGGCACGCGGCCUUCCGACAAACGCCCUGUCGGGAGCCCGGGUCCCCAGGGUCCCCCUCCCGUCCACCGCUCUUCCCUGUGUGCCCCAUAUCCCCAGACCAAAGAGGUUCUCAAAGCAGCUGUGACCAGGCUCUUCCCUGCCCCCCCCACCCCCCACCGGUGCCCUCCCAGCUCCAGCCCUGUCCCAGUGGCCUGCCCUCUCGGACCCUCCUUCCCCAGGAGGGAAUGGGGGAGGGCAGAGUGAGCAGUGUUGAGGGCCCAGGCAGCAGGAGAGUGGCGCUCCCCUUCUUGGCACCCCUUGUUGGAGAGGGAGGUGGCAGGCCUGCUGUGCCAUGAGGUUGUCCCAGUCCCUCUGGGGGUCCGGGCCACUACUGUGGGUCCUCCUGUGUCCAGUGACACUCUCUGUGCUCACUUUUUAUGCCAGGGAGCCUGAAGGGGCGUGCACGGGGUCUGCCGGAGUGGACAGACCUUGGCCCUCCUUCCUGGGCAGAUUGGCAGAACAAGAGGGAGCAGAUGGCCUGCCUGUGGUGAGAGGGCUACCUGCCCAGCCUCUCUCCACUCCCAAGGUCUCUUGGGCUCAGGCCUCAGAGCCUGGCCUGGUCCUGAGUGUGUGUCCCUGUGUGUGUGUUGGGGGAGUGGAGGCUGGGGCUGGAAGCUCAGCACCCAGGGAAGAUCUGCCCUUCUGGCCACGAUCCCACAGGGCAACAGCCCCACCUGCUUGGCUGACCCCACACCCAGGGCCCUGUCCAGCUCUAACGACAGCUAUUAAGUGCUGCCUGCCUCUUGGGCACUCCCUUCGUGGUGUCUGAGGCUAGAUGAGUGUCUGGGAUGUCUUCCUGUGUCUUGCCCGAUUCCAUCCCCCCCAGCCUCCUCUGCUUUCAUGCUCAGAACAUCCUCUUCCCAGGCUGCCUAUCUCCCCAAAUCUCACUUUUCUUCCAGUAGAAAAUCCUGUUUGACCUUUGGUGCACUGCCCACUUCUCAGCUCCACUGGCCCAAGUCUGAGCCUGAGGCCCUUGUUUUGGGGUUUGGGGAGGGUUGGAUGAUACUCCCCUUGAAGAGCAAGGCGUACACAAGAGCAAGCAGUGAACUCUCGGCUCCCAGAGCCCUGAGGUGCCCCAGCAUUUGCCCAGGGUAGGCCUGGCAUGGCCAUCAGUCAGGGUUGGGACAGCUGAUGUCACUUCCUCCUCUUGGGGCCCUCUCAGAAUCCAUUUCCCUAAGACAGGAAGGGAAAAGCAAAUUUCUAAUUCACCAGCAAUAAAAAUGAGGAGGCUUGGCCCUCAGCCCUUGUAUGUCUCUUAAACUCUCUCUCUUCCUCCCACCCUCAAGAUUGAGCUUGGGGUGCAAGGCAGAGAGAGCUGACAACUACUGUGAGUAAGUCCCCCCAGCCCUGACCAGCCUCCUCCCACGACUGGUGACUGUUUCAUGUGCUGUGCGCCCCCCACAAAGACAGAAGUGCCCCUGCGUGUGGCCUCCUAGUCGUGCACAGCCCCUGCCGGGUGGUCCUCACCACAUCUCCGGGCUGGGGAGGAGGCCACCCUGGCGACCACUGCCUGUUCCCUUCACCCUUCACUGCACUUGCCCCAGAACCUGGGCCAGGGCCACAGGGUCUGGGAGAAGAGAAGGCAUUAGUAGGAAAAAAAAAAAAAUAGAAAUUAUGACAGUCUCAGCUUUGAGAUGUCCACAAAAGAAAUUAUAUAAAUAUAUAUAUAAAUAUAUAUCUCUACCAUAUGUGACGGAAAGACUUCGUUUUCCUUUCCCAAAGAAAUAAAACGGAGAAAGCCUGUUGGCA